GAAAAAAUCAUCUGGGGUGACGGUCGUGCAUCGCAUGCAUUUCUUAUGGUAUGGCCUCUAAAUGAUACUCAAUUAACAGUAAUUGAAAUUAAAUUUGGCGGUAUUAAAAGAAUGAUAUUGAAUACUAGACAAGUUGACGAUUUUCUACCCGUGAUAACUCAAAUAGAAUUUCUUGGUAUAGUAUCAUAUAAAUUAGAUAAUUUAAUCAAUGAUGCUAAACAUUAUGUAGAAUUAAAUCCACAUUACAAUACCAUAUGUAACAAUUGUCGAUCAUUAGUCGAAUAUUUACUCGACAAAAUUCCGGAAUUUCGCAGUUUACCACGUGAAAACCAUUCUGUUCUAGAAUAUUAUCAUCAGCAAUCGAAAAUUAAUCAUAAAACACGAAUGGAACGAUUUAUCGAAACAAAUAAAAAGAAAACAUUGUACAAAUCGCUAAUACACAGUCUACAAGAAAAUAACUCGAAUGAACUAACAAAAUUUGAUAGUAUCAAGAACAAACAAUUACCUUUAAUAACAAAUGAACCCAUAAAUUUAAAAGAAAAACUUCGUGAAUUAUUAAUGUUAGCAACAAUACCAUCGCAAUUCUCUUCUACUUGUGCAUAA